GCUCGGAGCGGCCGCUGCGGCCAGUAGCUGCCGCCGCCACCGUCGGCCCCUUCACCGGCUGCCCCGUUCAGACCUAGCCGGGAGGGGUGAGAGGGAUGCAGCUUGGGGCCCACCUGCCGCGCCGCACCCCGUAAAGGGCUGAUCUUCCACCUCGCCACUUCACCCACGGGAAGCCAAGACCAAACCAGCUUAGAUCUCUUCUGGUGCUUGUGAAACUGAACACAACAAAAGCAUGGAGAUGGGAAACCAACACCCUUCUAUUAGUAGGCUUCAGGAAAUCCAAAAGGAAGUAAAAAGUAUAGAACAGCAAGUAAUUGGUUUCAGUGGUCUGUCAGACGACAAGAAUUACAAGAAACUGGAGAGGAUUCUAACAAAACAACUUUUUGAAAUAGACUCUGUAGACACUGAAGGAAAAGGAGACAUUCAGCAAGCUAGGAAGAGGGCAGCACGAGAGACGGAGCGACUGCUUAAAGAGCUGGAGCAGAACGCGAACCACCCGCACCGGCUCGAGAUACAGAGCAUAUUUAAAGAAGCCCAGUCCCUGGUGAAGGAGAAGAUCGUGCCAUUUUAUAGUGGAGGCAACUGCGUAACUGAUGAAUUUGAAGAAGGCAUCCAGGAUAUCAUUUUGAGGUUGACACAUGUUAAAACUGGAGGCAAGAUCUCCCUGCGGAAAGCUCGGUAUCACACUUUAACCAAAAUCUGUGCGGUGCAAGAGAUUAUCGAGGACUGCAUGAAGAAGCAGCCUUCCCUGCCACUGUCCGAGGACGCACACCCUUCCGUUGCCAAGAUUAACUCUGUGAUGUGUGAGGUGAACAAGGCCAGAGGCACUCUGAUCGCUCUCCUCAUGGGAGUGAACAGUAACGAAACCUGCAGGCACUUGUCCUGUGUGCUCUCGGGGCUGAUCGCGGCCCUGGAUGCCCUGGAUGUGUGCGGGCGCACUGAGAUCAGAAACUACCGGAAGGAGGUCGUGGAAGAUAUCAACAAGUUACUGAAAUAUUUGGAUUUAGAAGAGGAAGCAGAUACCACUUACGCGUUUGACCUGGGACAGAAUCAUUCCAUUUUAAAAAUAGAGAAAGUCCUCAAGAGAAUGCGAGAGAUAAAAAACGAGCUGCUUCAAGCCCAGAAUCCUCCUGAGUUGUACCUAAGUUCCAAAACAGAAUUGCAGGGCUUAAUUGGACAGCUGGAUGAGGUUAGUCUCGAAAAGAACCCCUGCAUCCGGGAGGCCAGGAGGAGAGCAGUGAUCGAAGUGCAGACCCUCAUCACUUACAUCGACUUGAAGGAAGCCCUGGAGAAGAGAAAGGCGUUUGUGUGUGAGGAGCACCCCUCACACAAGGCCGUCUGGGACGUCCUUGGAAACCUGUCGGAGAUCCAGGGAGAAGUCCUCUCAUUUGACGGCAACCGGACUGAUAAGAACUACAUGCGGCUGGAAGAGCUGCUCACCAAGCAGCUGCUGGCCCUGGACGCGGUCGACCCGCAGGGAGAAGAGAAGUGUAAGGCUUCCCGGAAGCAGGCGGUGAAGCUCGCCCAGAACAUCCUCAGCUAUCUCGACCUGAAAUCUGAUGAAUGGGAGUACUAAAGCACCCAGCCCGGGCUGAGCCUUCUUGUUUUGCACUUUAUACAUACGUCUUUGUAUUUAUAGAGAGCUUGCAGUUUCUUGAGCCUAAAUGUGAUUUUUACAUGCAUAUUUCAAUCUCCAUAUUUAUGAUUUUAGCAAAUUAUAUUCAGUAUCUCUGCUGCUUUUGAUGUUGCAAAACAAAUAUUACAGCUUAUUAACUUUUCCAUUUGGAUCGUUAUCUGUAUGUUGUGUGAUUUUUUGGGUUUUUUUUUAAAUCAGAAAAUGGAAUAGGGGCAGCUUUUUAAUUUUUUUUAAUAGGUUGUCCAAGCAUUCAAAUGCAGGUAUUUCAGAAUCUAGAAAUAGUCGUAACCUUACAUAGUAAUUUCUAGGACAAUUAUGAGAAAGGGGGAAGUUUUUGGUUAAACAGAAGUAAGGUCCAAUACUAAAGCAGUACAAUUACAUAUUUCAUUAUACUAAGUAAAGCAGAAGGAUUUUUUUCAUUUCUAAAACCCGAUUAGUCCCACCCAGUUUAACAGGGUGGGAGUUUUUUGUUUUUCCAGACAGUCUGUUCUUUCAUAAACAUUUUUUGUUUGAAGAACGGUGUCUGUGUUUCCCCCCAUACUCUGCAUUUAGAGGGGGAUUCUUAUUUUUGUGUGUGACAUAGGAAAAUUAUGAAAAUUAAUAGCAAAAAAGUAUUUGAGACUACUUUGAAGAAAGAACACCAGCUAACAUUUUCAAGUUGCUUUUGUUUGUAAAAUCUGAACUUCCAGUUUCCCUUAGAAAUUAGUAAUGGACCUUAAAAAAAAAAA